AUGGCCCGCAGGUCGCUGGGUGCACCACCUCUCCAGGAGGCUGAGAUGGACGGUGGCCGCAGUGUUGCAUCCCGUGCCGCCAGCGCUGCUUCUGUGCGGGGCGACGAGCGUCCGAUGACCAGCGGGUCACUGGGUGCACCACCUCUCCAGGAGGCUGAGAUGGACGGUGGCCGAAGCGCUGUGUCUUCUGUGACCUCAUUUAUUUCUAAAGGUGGGCAGGGCCGCUUUGCAAGGGGCCGGUCCGUCGUAUUCCUCUCUGCCCAGGAGGCUGAAAUGAGUUAUUGGCACCUCCCUCCGUGUGCAGCCAGUGUCGUUGUGGUGUCUGGUGACGAGCGUCCGAUGGCCCGCAGGUCACUGGGUGCACCGCCUCUCCAGGAGGCUGAGAUGGAUGGUUGCCGAAGCGCUGUGUCUUCUGUGACCUCAUUUAUUUCUAAANCGUCCGAUGGCCCGCAGGUCGCUGGGUGCACCGCCUCUCCAGGAGGCUGA